AUGGCGCCGCGCGUGAGUGAUGGCAACGAGACCGACGCGUCCAUGCAGGAUGCGCCGGCUGUGCGGCCACGCCAGUUUGAAGAGGAAAACGAGGAUACACAAGACUACACCGAUUCGGACACGAACCCCAACACGACGGCCAGCAGCGUGACCGGCGACCAUGCGCCCGAGGGCAGGAAGCGCCGGGACGAGGCGAGCCAGCUGCGCCGAAGCAUCUUUGGGCGGAAACACGACCGUUUGGGCGAAUCAAAGGAAGACGACACGAUUCGUCGAUUCCGGUAUCUCCUCGGCUUGACCGACCUCUUCCGCCACUUUAUCGAGACCAAUCCGAACCCCAAGGUGCGCGAAGUGGUCGAGGAGAUCGACCGACAGAACGCGGCAGCAGCCAAGGGCCCCAGGGCGGCCCGCCAGGGUGGCGCCAGCAGCGGACGGCAACGUCGCACGGAGGCUGAGGAGGACGCCGAGCUGCUCAAGGACGAGAAGCGCGGCGGGUCGGCCGAGACGGUGUUCCGCGAGUCGCCGGCCUUCAUUCAGGGCCUCAUGCGCGACUACCAGGUGGCCGGACUCAACUGGCUCAUCUCGCUGCACGAAAACGGCAUAUCGGGCAUCCUGGCCGACGAGAUGGGCCUGGGCAAGACGCUGCAGACGAUCUCGUUCCUCGGCUACCUGCGUCACAUCAUGGGCACCACGGGUCCACACCUGGUGAUCGUGCCCAAGUCGACGCUGGACAACUGGAAGCGCGAGUUUGCCAAGUGGACGCCCGAGGUGAACGUGCUGGUGCUGCAGGGCGCCAAAGAGGAGCGCCACACGCUCAUCGCGGAGCGGCUGGUGGACGAGAACUUUGACGUGUGCAUCACGAGCUACGAGAUGAUCCUGCGCGAGAAGGCGCACCUGCGCAAGUUCGCGUGGGAGUACAUCAUCAUCGACGAGGCCCACCGGAUCAAAAACGAGGAGUCGUCGCUGGCGCAGGUGAUCCGGCUGUUCAACUCGCGCAACCGGCUGCUGAUCACAGGCACGCCGCUGCAGAACAACCUGCACGAGCUGUGGGCGCUGCUCAACUUUCUGCUGCCCGACGUGUUUGGCGAUGCGGAAGCGUUUGACCAGUGGUUCUCGGGCCAGGACCGGGACCAGGACACGGUGGUGCAGCAGCUGCACCGGGUGCUGCGGCCGUUCCUGCUGCGGCGGGUGAAGAGCGACGUGGAGAAGAGCCUGCUGCCGAAGAAGGAGAUGAACGUGUACGUGGGCAUGUCGGAUAUGCAGGUCAAGUGGUACCAGAAGAUCCUCGAGAAGGACAUUGACGCGGUGAACGGGGCAGGCGGCAAGCGCGAGUCCAAGACGCGGCUGCUCAAUAUUGUGAUGCAGCUGCGCAAGUGCUGCAACCACCCGUACCUGUUUGAGGGCGCCGAGCCGGGGCCGCCGUACACGACGGACGAGCACCUGGUGUACAACGCCGGCAAGAUGGCGGUGCUGGACCGGCUACUAAAGCGGAUGAGCGAGCAGGGCAGCCGGGUGCUCAUCUUCUCGCAGAUGAGCCGGUUGCUGGACAUCCUGGAGGACUACUGCGUGUUUCGCGGGUACCAAUACUGCCGGAUCGACGGCAGCACGGCGCACGAGGACCGGAUCGCGGCCAUUGACGAGUACAACAAGCCGGGGUCGGAGAAGUUUGUGUUUCUUCUGACGACGCGGGCCGGUGGUCUGGGCAUCAAUCUGACGACGGCCGACAUUGUGGUGCUCUACGACAGCGACUGGAACCCGCAGGCGGACCUGCAGGCGAUGGACCGGGCGCACCGCAUCGGGCAGACGAAGCAGGUGGUGGUGUACCGGUUCGUGACGGACAAUGCGAUCGAGGAGAAGGUGCUAGAGCGGGCAGCGCAGAAGCUGCGGCUAGACCAGCUGGUGAUCCAGCAGGGACGGGCGCAGAUCGCGGCCAAGGCGGCGGCCAACAAGGAUGAGCUGCUGUCGAUGAUCCAGCACGGGGCCGAGGCCGUGUUCAGCUCCAAGGGCGGCACGGGGACGAUGGCCAAGGGGGCGGUAGCCGGCGGCAGCGGCAGCGGCAGCGGCGACAACGGCAAAGCAAAUGACAAGGGCAACGCGGACGGUGGGAUGCACCUAACGGACGAGGACAUUGACGCGAUCCUGACGAGCGGCGAGUCGCGGACGAAGCAGCUGAACGCACGGUACGAGAAGCUGGGGAUCGACGACCUGCAAAAGUUCACGUCCGAGUCGGCAUACGAUUGGAACGGCGAGAACUUUGCGGCCAAGAAGAAGGACGUUGGGAUGACGUGGAUCAACCCGGCGAAGCGGGAGCGCAAGGAGCAGAUCUACUCGAUCGACAAGUACUACCGACAGGCCAUGUAUGGCCACGUGGGCCAGCCGAAAGAACAAAAGCCCAAGGCGCCGCGGGCGCCGAAGCAGAUCUCGAUUCAGGACUACCAGUUUUACCCGGAGGCCCUGCGCGAGCUGCAGGAACGCGAGACGGCCUUUUAUCGCAAGGAGAUCGGGUACAAGGUGCCGCUGGCCGACGGCGACGAGGACACGCUGGAGGAGCGGCAGGCACAGCAGGUGACGGAGCAGCGCGAGAUCGACGAGGCGAUGGGCUUCGGCGACUGGAACCGACGCGACUACCAGCAGUUCAUCAACGGGUCAGCCCGGUUCGGCCGGACAGACUACGAGAACAUCACGACGGAAGUCGACAGCAAGACGGCGGCCGAGGUGCGGCAGUACGCCAAGGUGUUCUGGCAGCGGUACGAGGAGAUCAGCGACCAUCACCGGGCGAUCAAGACGAUUGAGGACGGCGAGGAGAAGCUGCGCAAGAUUGAGCACCAGCGCAAGAUGCUGCGCAAGAAGAUGCAGCAGUACCGGGUGCCGCUGCAGCAGCUCAAGAUCAACUACUCCGUCUCGACGACGAACAAGAAGGUGUAUACGGAGGAAGAGGACCGGUUUCUGCUCGUGCAGCUGGACCGGCUGGGCAUUGAUUCGGAGGGCAUCUACGACAAGAUCCGCGACGAGAUCCGCGAGAGCCCGCUCUUCCGGUUCGACUGGUUCUUCCUCAGCCGAACGCCCAGCGAGCUGAGCCGGCGCUGCACGACGCUGCUGACGACGAUUGUCAAGGAGUUUGACGACGUGAACACGACGACGACGGCAGCGAUAGGCAAGCCGAACGGCCAGAGCAACGGCCACGGCAACGGCAAGCUGAAACGGGAGGUGGAAGACGAAGAGAACGACGAGGACAGCGUGCUGGGCAUGGCACCGCCGAAGAAGAAGGCGAAGAACGGGGCAAAAAACAAAGCACUAGAUCAUGUCAAGUCCAACGGCACCAAGACGCAGUCGGCAGCCAACUCGCGGGCGUCCAGCGUGGCCUCGACGCAGUCCAACGCAGGCAACGCCAAGAGCAAGUCCAAGGGCAGGAAGAGGUAG